GAUGCGAUGCAAGAGCGAGAGCUAAGCCAAUUUCAGUUUUGGUUUUUUCCCAAAUGCAAUCAUUAAACAUCUAAAGAAGGAUGAAUAUGGGGAACUUUAACUCUCUUUCCGCACUGACACUGUCAUAUAAACUCAAGAAAAAGAAGAAAAAUAAAAUAAAGAUGGUGAAGAGGGAGAAACAAACACAAGAGGCUGCCUCUCCUCCUUGGGUCACAAUAAAUGGGUUGUGAUUAUCCUUCAAGUCGAAUAACUGAGGUACAUUCAUAAAAAAGUAGAGAAGAAAGUACUGUAAAAAAACAAAAAUUUGUUGGAUCAUUCGGUUCAUCCAAUAAAGGAGAGGAACGCAAACAACCAAAAAAUUACUUGCGUCCAAAACUAAAGGAAAUAAGGUGUUGGAAUUACAAAGAGAAUCAAGAUAAGGUGUAGUAAGUAUGGAAGAGGGUCACAAAGCUGCAAGUUCGGCAGAAUUCACAGAAUGUUGGAAUAGAGCAACUCGUUCACCAUAUAUUAUGCGUCUUGCUCUAUGUGCUGGCAUUGGAGGUCUCUUGUUUGGCUACGAUACAGGUGUGAUCUCUGGAGCCUUGUUGUACAUCCGAGAGGACUUUGAAGAAGUUGAUAAGAAAACAUGGCUACAGGAAACAAUUGUUAGUAUGGCUGUUGCAGGAGCUAUCAUUGGUGCUGCAUUUGGAGGAUGGAUGAAUGAUAAGCUAGGGCGAAAAAAGUCAAUUUUAACAUCUGAUGUUGUAUUCUUUCUUGGAGCAGUAGUUAUGGCUGCUGCUCCAGCUCCCUGGGUCAUAAUUAUUGGGAGAGUUUUAGUUGGUUUGGGAGUUGGUAUGGCAUCCAUGACUGCACCAUUAUACAUCUCAGAAGCUUCUCCUCAUAGCAUCAGAGGAGCUCUAGUAUGUGUCAAUAGUUUGCUUCUCACAGGAGGCCAGUUUCUAUCCUACCUUAUCAAUUUGGCAUUCACCAAGACCCCAGGAACCUGGCGAUGGAUGCUUGGCGUGGCAGGACUUCCUGCUGCGGUUCAGUUCAUACUAAUGUUGUCCCUCCCCGAGUCACCCAGAUGGCUCUACAGCCAGGGGAAGGAAGAAGAGGCAGAGAAAAUCUUGUCGAAAAUCUAUCGCCCUGGCGAAGUUGAAGAGGAGAUAAGAGCCAUGCAAGAAUCCGUUAAACUUGAGAAGGAAGACGAAGAGCAGAAUGGACAGAUGAGUUUUGCAAAGAAAUUAAAGAGUGCUUUGACCAAUGAUGUAGUUCGAAGAGGUCUCUAUGCUGGCGUCACUGUUCAAGUUGCUCAGCAGUUUGUGGGCAUCAACACUCUCAUGUAUUACAGCCCAACCAUUGUUCAAUUUGCUGGAAUUGCCUCUAACUCCACGGCGAUUGCACUAUCUCUGAUCACAUCUGGUUUAAAUGCGGUUGGCACCAUCUUGAGUAUGAUUUUCAUUGAUAGAUAUGGAAGGAGAAGAUUGAUGCUCAUGUCUAUGGUUGGUAUCAUUGUUUGCCUCGUGGUCACAAGUGUUAUAUUUUUCGAAGCAGCUAGUCAUGCUCCUUCAAUCAGUAACCGGGACACCCUCAAUUUUGGUGUCAACUCUACAUGCCAUGCUUACACAAAAGCCCCUAAUUUCUCUUCAUGGAACUGCAUGCAAUGUUUGCAUGCAGAGUGUGCUUUCUGUGCCAACAGCGACAAUCAUUUUCUUCCAGGAGCAUGUUUGGGUGCAGAAAAGAGUAUAAGAGGUGUGUGUCGUACAAAGCAACGAGUGUGGUUUUCUCAGGGUUGUCCAAGCAAAAUUGGACUUGUAGCUGUUAUAGUGUUGGGACUGUAUAUCUUAUCAUACGCUCCAGGAAUGGGAACCGUGCCUUGGGUUCUGAACUCAGAGAUAUACCCAUUGAAAUUCAGAGGGAUAGGUGGAGGUAUAGCUGCAGUUUCCAACUGGUGUGCUAAUCUCAUUGUGAGUGAGUCAUUCUUAAGCAUGACAAAGACUUUAGGCGCGGCUGGCACAUUCCUCCUCUUUGCCGGAUUCUCAGUAGUUGCACUCAUUGCCAUUUAUGCAUUAGUGCCUGAAACCAAAGGCCUUCAGUUCGAGCAAGUUGAAAAGUUGCUUCAACAAGGCUUCAGACCUUUCCCAUUUAACAACAACAAGAAACAAGAGGAAAAAUAAUAUCAAGGUCAAGAAUAGCAUUAAUGCUAUAAUUACUUUCUUUUCUUUAAGAAUAACUUAUUGGAUUUCUUC